AUUUUUCUGCAGGUACUACGAGUUGUUCCCGCUUACCUGCCUGGCCGUGUGGAUUACGUUCAAUACUUGGCUCAGCACGUCCGAGGAGAAGCUGGUGUGCGACUACGGUGUGCUGGUGCCGCUGCUCGCGUGGAUGUCCGUGUUGACGAAGCCAAGGAAGCUGGGCAGCAAAGUCACACCGCCCGUGGAGCGAGUGGUGCGCACACUGCCGUGGGGAGCGCUGCUGCUUGUCGGAUGCCAGUUGGCCGCACAUGCCGCCUGGCCGGCGUUCGCGCCAGCCGCCUUCACAGCGUCUGUCCGGCUGGCCCACUCACUGGGCGGCCAAAGCCCCGUGGUGAUCCAGGUGGCACUCACCAGCGUCUCCUGCCUGCUCACGGAGUUCCUGGGGGCACACAGCACUGUCACUCUGCUGCUGCCCGCGGCCGCCAUUCUGGCGCAGCAGCGCAAGUGCCCGUGGCCCUAUCUGGCGGUGCCGCUGACAGCCGCCUCGUCCGUCGGCGUCAUACUGCCCACGGCAUCCGUCACCAUGGCCGUCCUGCACGACCUGGCUGACCUGAAACCUGACGUAACGGUACUACCCGGUAUCCUGACGAAAAUGGCGGCCACGCUGGCCCUCGUGCUCGGGGCAAACACCGUGGGCAUUAUGCUGCUCGGCUGGACGAUACAGGGCGAAGUGGCUCACUAUGGACUCAACGCCAGUGACCUGUUCACUGCUGUCGACGAGCACAGCGUCUAG